AUGAAUAGUUAUCCUGUUUCGAAAGUUGAGCCGAAAGCGACAAUGGACUCCUCCGCAUCGUUAGAAUUUGCCAAAAAGACAAAAAAAUCUAUUUGCACACCUCAAAAGAUCCGAAUUUGUAUAGUUAUUAUUGCAAUACUAAUUCUGUUAAUUAUUGGUGUCAUUACAUAUAUCUUUGUUUCUCGUCAAAAUGCAUCAUCAUCAUCAAAUCCAAUUACAGUCUUAUUCAUCCCUAUAGGUUCAAUUCCAACCUCAGUUUCAAUUUCAAGCUCAGCUUCAACCUCAGUUUCAACCUCAGUAUCAACCUCGGUUUCAAUCUCAAUCUCAACUCCAACUUCAGUUUCAACCUCAACCCCAGCCUCAGUUUCAAAUAGAAAUGGUUCUGGUAUGAGCACGACUUCGUCCAAUACACAAUGUCAAAUCUUAAAAUUUAGUCCAUAUCGAUCAUAUUCUACUGGUUCAAAACCUUGGUCACUGGCUAUUGCUGAUUUAAAUAAUGAUAAUGCCAACGAUAUCGCCGUUGUUAAUGCAAAUGAUCCAAGUGUUGGAAUUUAUUUGAAUUAUGGAAAUGGAUCAGUUAAAGUUGCUUCAGUCGUUUCAACUGGAUCAUAUUCUGUAUUUGUUACUGCGGGUGAUUUUAACAAAGAUAACAAUGCAGAUUUAGUCGUAGCUCAAGCUUCAGCUAACAGUUUGGGAAUGUUUCGUGGCAUUGGUAAUGGAAGUUUCAACACACGUAUUGAUCUACCUGUUGGUAGUUAUCCAUAUGGUGUAAGUAAUGGUGACUUCAAUGGUGAUGGUCAUCUUGAUCUUGUUGCUGUUAACGAUUACGAUAAUACUGCUAGUAUUUUAUUGGGAUUUAGUAAUGGAACGUUUAAGAACAAUACUGUUGUAUCUACAGGUUCAUAUGUCACAGCAGUAGUUACUGCUGAUUUUAAUAAUGAUAAUUAUCUAGAUUUUGCAGCGACAGAUUAUUCAAGUAACACAGUAAGUGUUUUUAUUGGUUUUGGCAAUGGCAGCUUUCAACAACGUCGACCAUAUUCAACAGGAACAAGUCCAUGGGGUAUUACUGUAGGAGAUUUUAAUAAAGAUAAUUAUGUGGAUAUUGUUACUACUAAUUAUAAAGAUAGUUCAAUAAGUUUACUUUAUAAUAAUGGGAAUGGAACGUUUCAAUCUCAAAUUAAAUAUAAAACAGGAUACUAUCCAAUGUCAGUGGCUGUGGGCGAUCUAAAUCAUGAUACAAAUAUUGAUAUUGUUGUUCCCACCGCUAACGAUAAUUAUAUGACUAUUUUUCUCAAUUCUGGUAAUGGAACUUUCGGUAACGUCAUGAACUUAACAGGUGAUUGGCAAUUAUCAUCAGUAGGUAUUGCAGAUUUGAAUGGAGACGGUCGGUUAGAUAUCGUCGCUACGAGUAUAUGGAACCAGACUCUAAAUAUAUUUUUAAACUCAUGCUAA